AAACCCUAAAAUCGUUUGUGUCUCUCCCCUCACUAGUGGCACAAUCACGUCACUCUAGUCACCAGAUCUUUUUUGGAACACCCUACGGUAGCUUAGUUUCUCGCCAUGUGAGCACUGCGAAACGAUCAGAGACUCCUGACGCCAUGGAUCGCGGCUCAGCUGCUGGCGAUCCGUUUAGGUUCGAAAUAAGCUAUGACGAUCUGUUCCCGCACAUAGUGUACCUGAACGACCUGAGACACGAUCCGGAAAAGGCCAAGGAUGGAUCAGUGGUGGCGGGGGAAUCGGGACUGGUUUCUAAGUGGAGGAUGAAGGACCGGAUGAAGACGAGCAGCGUGGCCAUCGUGCUCUGCCUGAACAUCGGAGUGGACCCGCCUGACGUCAUCAAGAUCUCGCCGUGCGCCAGAGUCGAGUGCUGGAUCGAUCCGUUUUCUAUGCAAGCGCAGAAGGCGCUGGACACCAUUGGGAAGAACCUGCAGGCGCAAUACGAGCGGUGGCAGCCCAAGGCGCGCUACAAGGUGCAGCUGGACCCCACAGUGGAGGAGGUGAAGAAGCUGUGCCUCACGUGCCGGCGCAACGCCAAGGCGGAGAGGGUGCUGUUCCACUACAACGGCCAUGGCGUGCCCAAGCCCACUAGCAAUGGGGAGAUUUGGGUCUUCAACAAGACCUACACGCAGUACAUCCCCCUGUCAGUCUACGAGCUUGACUCGUGGCUCGCCACUCCCUCCAUCUAUGUCUUUGACUGCUCUGCUGCCGGCAUGAUCAUCAACGCCUUUGUGGAGCGUCCUGACUGGGCUCUAGCGGCCCCUUCCAGUCCAGUAUCCUCCCCUACGGCAGCAGGCAGGGAAGCAGCCGCCGCCUCAGCAACAUCAGCAGCAGCGGGCAUGCGCGAUCGCAUUCUGCUGGCGGCGUGCGGCCCGGAGGAGAUUCUUCCGCAGCCGCCUGACCUGCCGGCUGACCUCUUCACAGCGUGCCUCACCACCCCCAUCAAGAUCGCGCUCAGAUGGUUCUGUGGGCGAUCGCUGCUGCGCGACACCCUGGACCCGGAGAUGAUAGAGAAGAUCCCCGGGCGGCAGAGCGAGCGCAAGACGGCGCUGGGCGAGCUGAACUGGAUCUUCACUGCCGUCACCGACACCAUCGCCUGGAACACCCUCCCCGCGCCGCUCUUCCAGCGCCUCUUCCGCCAGGACCUGCUCGUGGCGUCGCUGUUCCGGAACUUUCUGCUGGCGGAGAGGGUCAUGAGAGCCAGUGGGUGCACGCCCGUGUCGUAUCCUCGGCUUCCCCCCACGCACCAGCACCACCUCUGGCACGCAUGGGACAUGGCAGCGGAGAUGUGUCUAGCGCAGCUGCCGACGCUCCUCGCGGAUCCCAACGCCGAGUUCCAGCCCAGCAGCUUCUUCUCGCAGCAGCUGAUGGCGUUUGAGGUGUGGCUGGAGCAUGGGAGCGACAAGAAGAGACCCCCAGAGCAGCUGCCCAUUGUGCUGCAGGUGCUUCUCAGUCACUCCCACCGGCUGCGAGCUCUGGUGCUUCUUGGCCGAUUCCUUGACAUGGGCCCAUGGGCCGUCGACCUUGCGCUCUCAGUGGGCAUAUUCCCCUACGUGCUCAAGCUGCUGCAGACCAGCGCCGUGGAGCUGCGGCAAAUCCUCGUGUUUAUAUGGACCAAGAUCUUGGCGCUGGAUAAGUCAUGCCAGGUGGACCUGGUGCGAGACGGCGGCCACAUGUAUUUUAUCAAGUGCCUGGAGACGCACGAGCCCUACUCCUCCGACCCCAGGGAGCGUGCCACAGUGGCGUUUCAGCGAGCCAUGGCGGCCUUUGUGCUUGCACUCAUCUGUGACGGCCACCCCAAGGGCCACCAGGCGUGCUUGCAGGCCGGGCUCAUCCCUCUGUGUCUCAUGCACAUUCAGGCGGCGCCCCCAGCAGAGCCCCUGCUGCUGCAGUGGCUGUGCCUGUGCGUGGGCAAGCUGUGGGGCGGGGCGCCCGAGGCACAGGCAGCAGCGCUCACACAACACCACGCCCCGCAAAUCCUCUCGCCCCUGCUCUCAGAGCCGCAGCCAGAGGUGCGUGCAGCAGCCACAUAUGCCCUGGGCGCUUUAAUCCACAUUGCUUCGGAGUCGCCUCAGCCAGGGGAAGGGAACCCAGCAACAGGAGUAGGAGUAGGAGCGGGAGCAACAGGAGCGGGGACAGGUGCAGGAGGUGGUGCUGGGGCGGUUCUGGGGGAGGGUUCAUCUGGCACAGCAGGGGUAGCAGGCACAGCAGGAGCAGCUGCAGCAGCAGGGGCGGCAGCAGCAGGCACUGUAAGUAGAGCACCAGGCUCAGAGCAAGGGGCAGCAGCAGCAGGGGCACAGGGAGCAGCAGGUGCAGGUGUAAGCAGUGCGAGCUUAUCUGGGGUGGAUUCAGCUGGGGCGGAGUGGAGGGAGGAGCACAGAUUAGCAGCAGAGCGAGGAGUUUUGCAGGUGCUACUUAAAGUUCUGAAUGACGGGAGUCCGAUGGUUAGGAAAGAGCUGGCUAUAGCUCUCGCCAGAAUAGCUCACGGACAUCGCCGCCCGUUUCGCCUCGCUGCGGCAUCUUAUCUGUGCCGCCCGUCACUCGUGGCCGGCAGCGCAGCAGGCAUGGGGUUCAGCAGGUGCGGUUCGGAACUGGACAGGCUCGGCGCAGGCUCGGGACAAACAGGCUCGGAUGUGCAUGGAUUCACAGAAAAAAUGGCAGGUUUGGGAAUGGGUGGAGGUGGAGGGGAAGCAGGAGGGGGGGUUGCAGGAGGGGGAGCAGCCGCGAACGGAGGGGGGUUGGUAGGAGGAGUGAAUAGCACCGGAGCAGUUCCUGGUGGUGCCAUACCGGCCUCUGGUUCGGGAGCCAACCUUCCCUCUCUUGCCGCCCAAGUCAACAUGGUAGGGCUUAGGCUCGGGACGGACGGGAGGCUGUAUCCCCGUCCAGGUCCGGCGGUGAACGCACCUCUCCCGGUCCUCCAGUCCACCACCGCAGGCUCGGCAGUGGUGGGGCGGAUGCUCGCACAGUCGUUCGAUGCCACAGGUUCGGGAGUAGGCUCGGGAGGUACGGCAGCAGGUUCGGGGAACACAGCAGCUUCGGGAGGGUCAGCUUCGUAUCUGAGAGUGUAUGAGGAGGAAGGGGAGAGGGAUGGCGGGGGGGGAGCAGCAGCAACAGCAGGGGCGGGAGGGGUGAAAGUGCAGGGUGUGGGAGGAAGUAAAGGAGGAGGGGAGUCAGCAUCUGGUGCAGGCUCAACUGCAGUAGCAGCAGCAGUUGGUGUGGCUAGUGGUGCUACAAUAGUGAUUCCGCCCUUGGUCAACGGAAUUGUUCCUAUAGCAGAAGGUGCUUCUGAGAGCGAGGCUGCACUAGGUGACGCUAGGCAGUCAGGUGAAAAUCCAGGUGGGAUGGGGCUUUCAGCAGUGAACCCUCCGUCAACCUCUGCUGCUACAGCAGCAGCUGCUGCAGUAGCAGCAGCAGCGGCUGUAGCAGCGGCAGCUGCUGUUGCCGCUACAGGCGAUGCAGUCACUGCACUGCCCCCCCCGUCUCGAGGUCCUCUUUUCUCCCUCUCGUCCCCAACCAGCCUGUCAGCUUCGGCACCGGACCUCUCCUUCCUCAGGGGCUCCGCCGAGCCUGUCAGCGCCUCGCCGGGAAGAGUGUUAGGGAUGCCUCCAGGCGAUGUGACUGUAAGGGGGGGAAGAGCAGGGUGGUUGGGGCAAGGAGCAGGCAGGGUAGGUCCGGGUAUGGGCCCUAACGGGGGGCUUAUAUGGGGGGAGCUAGAUGUUGCUGACAGUGCGACUUAUCUGCAGAGUAUGAUUGCGGUGUACACCCUUGCUAGGGAUCCUGCACCGUCCGUUUCUAAGAUCAGCCGACAGACACUGGCUCAAAUAGGCGCGUCCGUGGCAGCAGCAGCAACGAGUCUUAAUGCAGCAGCAGCAGCGGCAGCAGGAGGAGGAGGAGGAGGAAUGGGGGGAGGUGGGGGAGGGGGAUUCGGAGGAGGGAUGGCUGGAGCUGGGAUGGGGUAUGACACGUUUAUGAUGCCGAUGAUGGUUCCAGGCAUGGGUGUUGGGGGGGGCAUGGCAGGAGGGGGCCUAGCCCCUUCUGCUAGCUUCAGCAACUUGAGUCGAAGCAGCAGCAGGGAGGGCGGGACAGUGAUUAUCAGUGCUGGGGGUGCGGCUGGUGCUGGUGGUGGCGGCGGCGGUAUAGGCAAUCCGAGGUUGGGUGCGGUAGGAGGGGGUAUGGGGCACCAUGGGCUCAUGAGUCCUGCGAUGAGUCCACGUGUCCCCUCCCCAUUGGCUGCUGGCUUGGCUCCUGCGAUCACGCGGUCAACUUCAUGGGUUGCGCCCAUCAAUGCUCCUCAUCCAAUGGGCAGCUGGCGACAGCUGGCAGCGCCACAGCUAGCCAUGUCACCCUCUGCUGCCGCAGCCUCAGGGUUCCUCCAAGCCAGAGACCCGUUUGGCCUGGUGGCUCGGGACAGCCUCGGGCUGCCGAUGCUGGCAGCAGGCUCGGGAAUGCAGGCUCGGGACAAUGGGAUGCGGCGGGUGAUGACUUCUGUCGAUUUUUCCUCGUCCCAGCAGCAGCAUCAGCAGCAGCAGCAACGGCAGAUGGGGGGGAUGGGGAACGGGGAGAUUCUUGGGGGGGUGCACGUGCUGUCGUCUCUCACAGGGGGGCAUCCGCCCUUGAGACCAAAUCAUGCAGCUGCUGCAUCAGACUCCACCUCUCAGCCAUCCAAUCCACCUGCACAUACCGCCUUCCCCAGUCGCCCCCAAAACCCCACCUCUACCACCACCUCCUCCUCCUCUCGACCUUCUACUGCCGCCGCUGCCCGUGCCGCUGCCCCUGCCACUUCCCCUGGUGCUGCUUCUGCUGCUGGAGCUGCUGCUGCGGCUGCAGCUGCUGCUGGUGCCGCUGCUGGUGCGGCUCCUGCAAGCUAUGCUGCCUAUCCCAAUCCUGGGUCCAGUGCUCCUUAUUUCAAUGCUGGUGGUGCUACUAGUUCUGCUGCUGGCGCUGGUGGUUCUGUUGGUGCUGCCGGUGGUCUGGGGGCGUCCCUCCUGGACCCGUUUCUGCCGCUGGACGCAGCAGCGGCGGCGCAGGCGAAGCCUCUGCCCAAGUCGGGGCUGUACGCAUGGAGCUGCGGGCACUUCUCGCGCCCGCUGCUGGAGGCGGUGACGGAUGCCGAGGCGGAGACGAGGCGGGCAGCGAGAGAGCGGAGGGCGGUGGAGGGUGUGGAGGAGUGCAGGCGAGCCACAGUUAGCAAAGUGAGCGACCAGAUCGCCAGCUUUGACACGGAGUCGGACAUGAUGACGGAGGCCGUUCACCUGCACCCCUUCCUGCCUCUCGUGUGCAUAGCGGACGAAAACGAAGUCGUACGGAUCUGGAACUAUGAGGAGGGGCUGACGGUGAGCAUGUUUGACAACCAGACUGGUGGGGGUGGGAGCGCGGACGGCCACAAGGGGGUGAGCCAGCUGUGUCUGCUCAACGAGCUCGACGACACGCUGCUGCUCGUGGCGUCCAGGGACGGCAGUGUGAGGGUGUGGAGGGACUUUGCUCGACGGGGCAAGCAACGGCUAGCCACGGCAUGGCAAGCAGUCCAAUCCCAAUCCCAGUUCUUCUCCUCCUCCUCCUCUCCCUCCUCCCUUUCCUCCUCCUCUGCCCGUCCCUCCUCCAACCCCCCCUCUUCCGCCUCUCACUUCUCCUCAUCCCUCUCAUCCUCUAAUCUCCAGUCACAACAGCAACAGUUAACUGACUCUAACUCACAUACGCAUCGGCAUCAUCAGCACCACUCUACUAACCAGCGCUUAGACCAACAGCAGCAGCAGCAGCGGAGCCAACAGGGGCGGGCUUCCGAGCCUCUUGCUUCACCUAACAGCUUCGGCAGUAGCUUCGGCGGCGGGUUUGGCAGCAGCUUCGGCAGCAGCGGGAGCAGCAGCAGCAGCGGGCGGACGGGAGCAGUGGUGGAGUGGCAGCAGUUGAUGGGUUACCUGUACGCAUCCGGGGAAAUCUCCUCCAUUCUGGUGUGGGACCUCGACAGGGAGCUGCUGGCUCACAGCGUGCCGACAGAGUGUGACUCCGCCGUUACUGCGCUGGCAUCAUCCGCCAUCCAGCCCAGCUACGUGGCAGCAGGGUGCGACGAUGGCUCCGUGAGACUUUUUGACAUUCGCUCACAACCAAGAGCGCAGCUUGUGUGUGGCACGCACCAUCACUCGCAUCGAGUUGCGGGAAUCGCUUUCCAUCCUGCCAGCACUCACAUGCCUCACAUUAUCUCUGCUUCAAGCUCGGGUGAGAUCGCAUUUUUGGAUGCCCGGAAUCCGGGGCAGCCAAUCAGAAGAGUGGAGGCGCACAAGGGGCACCUCACAGCUCUCUCUGUUCAUCGUCACCUGCCCGUCAUGGCCACGGGCAGCUCGAAACAAUUGAUUAGAGUAUUCAACAUGUCUGGGGACCUCUUGAGCGUGGUGCGCUACCACAACAGCUUCCUUGGCCAGCGCAUCGGGCCUGUGAGCGCGCUGCACUUCCACCCCUACAAGCCACUGCUGGCCGCCGGUGCCACUGACUCAAUUGUGUCCAUUUAUGCGGGGGAGACGCACCGGAGUUAGGGGAGGAAAAACGGGGGGGGAAGGGGGGAGACGCACAAGAGUUAGGGCGGAGGCACUUGGGGUGGGUGCCAGCGCACCGCAUCGGGCCUGUGAGCGCGCUGCACUUCCACCCCUACAAGCCACUUGUUGCUGCCGGUGCCACGGACUCAAUGGUUUCCACGCGGGCGAAUCGCACAAGAGCCAGCCGCAGGGGCAUGACGGACCAAGAUGGAGAGUUGGGGGGAUGGGAGGGGGAACGGGGCAGGAGGGGUGGAGAGAGGGUGAGGGGGAGGGGAAGAGAGGGUGGGGAGGGUUGGAGGAAGGUUAUUGGGCAAAGGAAUGCUGCCAGGAGGAGAAGCUGCUUGUGUGUCCACCUGUACAGGCUUCUGGUCCCUGUACAUUGUUGAUUGUUGCAAUUUAUGUUGAAUUGUAUAGCUGUUAAGGGCAGAAGCAAGCAAGCGUAGGCGGAUGCGGGAUAUGGCGUAUUCGCAAGUGGGGAGAGUGAGGGCGAAUUCAUAUGAAGUAGGAUCAGAAUCAGAAAUGCGAAAUCCAUUUGUGAUCCCUUUGCCCGGUCUAAU